AUGGAUCAAUUUGAUCUGGCCCAUCCGUACAAUGAUAAUAACGACGAAGACGAUUUGUUCGUGAGUAUGAUGUACCGGUAUUAUACAGACAGCCUAUUACAGCCAGAUCCAGCUCCACUACUCACGCGAUGUACGACGUUAAAUAGAGAUCGUGAGGAAAGACAUAGACGGCUAGUUAACGAUUACUUUGCAGAAAAUUGUGUCUAUCAGCCAAACGAUUUCAAAAGAAGAUUUCGUUUGCGAAAAAAUGUGUUUGAAAGGAUAGUCAACGCUAUGGAAGCAAGGUAUGAAUUUUUCCAAUUGAGAUAUGAUGCUAGAGGCAAACGAGGCUUCACAGGGUUGCAAAAAUAUGUUGCUGCAAUUAAACUUAUGGCAAUGGGGGAGUCGCCGGAUUCUGUUGACGAUUAUAUGAGAAUGUCUGAGAGGACCGCACGAGAAAGUUUGUAUUUAUUGGCAAGAAGUGUUGUCGAAACCUUCGGUGACCAAUACUUGCGCAAGACUUCGUUGCAUUAUAUGCAACAACUAUAUGUGGCGCAUGAAGAAAGACAUGGUUUUCCGGGUAUGCUUGGGAGCAUUGACUGCGCACACUGGAAAUGGAGAAAUUGUCCCGUGGCGUGGAAAGGCCGAUAUUCGAGCGGUCAUCAUGUAGCGCCUUCGUUGGUAUUAGAGGUUGUUGCUUCACACGAUUUAUGGAUUUGGCAUGCUUUUUUCGGGGUUGCGGGUUCUAGCAACGACGUCAACAUUCUCGAUCAAUCACUAAUAUUUGACGAUCUUUUGUCAGGAAAAGCCACGGAUGCUCUUUUAACAGUGAAUGGAAAUGAAUAUAAGUUUGAGAAUUACCUUACAGACGAAAUAUAUCCAUAA